UGGCCGUACUCGAAGCUUACCUUUGAACUGUCCUCGCCGGUUCCCGGCCUUGACUUGUGACUCCAGACGCUUGGGGACUCAUCUGACCCAGCUGGCCUAACCAUGUUCCCGGUGAAGGUAAAAGUGGAGAAAUCAGAACUGGAGAUGGCCAAGGCCCGGAACCAACUGGAUGCUGUUCUGCAGUGUCUGCUGGAGAAGAGCCACAUGGACAGGGAACGUCUAGAUGAGGAGGCUGGGAAGACACCCUCGGACACCCACAAUAAGGACUGCUCCAUUGCAGCCACUGGCAAACGGCCAUCUGCCCGCUUUCCCCACCAGCGGAGGAAGAAGAGGAGGGAGAUGGAUGAUGGGCUGGCCGAGGGAGGACCUCAGCGAUCCAACACAUACGUGAUUAAGCUAUUUGACCGGAGCGUGGACUUGGCCCAGUUCAGCGAGAACACACCACUCUACCCCAUCUGCCGUGCCUGGAUGCGCAACAGCCCCUCAGCACGAGAGCGUGAACGUUCACCCACCUCGCCACUGCCCCCACUACCGGAGGAUGAGGAGGGGUCAGAGGUUACCAACAGCAAGAAUCGGGAUGUGUACAAGCUGCCUCCACCCACGGCCCCGGGGCCACCCGGAGAUGCCUGCAAAUCCCGCAUUCCGUCCCCGCUGCAGCCGGAGACCCAGGGAACCCCAGAUGAUGAGCCCUCCGAGCCCGAGCCCUCACCGUCCACACUCAUCUACCGCAACAUGCAGCGCUGGAAACGCAUUCGCCAGAGCUGGAAGGAAGCAUCUCAUCAGAACCAGCUCCGCUACUCAGAAAGCAUGAAGAUCCUACGGGAGAUGUAUGAUCGACAGUGACGUUCGUCUCCCCGCCCCAAUAAA